AUGAAUUUAAGAUUACAAAAAACACAAUCCUUGAGAGAUGAGCUACGUCGAAAUAUUCUCACCAACCAAAUCUCAAAAUAUCACGACAUUCAAUUUGUGUUUCCAAACGCUCCUUUCCCGCUCGAGCGUGAUGCAUUGCCCUCUUUCGAUCUUGAUGGCUCGAAACAACAAGAUGAAGAGAUCGACGCAUAUACAUGGUGGCAUCUCAACCGUGAUGGCCCACCGUUCUACUACAAUGGUCUUGAUGUUGCUCUGGCUCGUAUUGCCGAUACGAUUCGAAGGGAAGGUCCUUUCGACGGGGUUGUGGGGUUUAGCCAGGGUGCUGCUGCUGCUAUGAUGGUUGCUUCUCUACUCGAAGCUGGUCGUAAUGAUGUUUUUGACAGAGCAGGAGCUGCUGGUGGUAUGUUUUACCCUGCGGCUUUUGUCAGUGAGGGCGCUAUUAUACAACCACCCCUGAAGUUUGUCGUUGCAAUCGGUGGGUUUGGAGGCACGAGAGUUCCGGAGUAUCAGGCUUUUUACCAUCCGAAGAUCACAACGCCGACGCUACAUAUUCUUGGCAGAGCAGACGGGUUUAUAAAGCCGGCGAUGAGUCAAGAAGUCAUCGAUGCUUGCGCAGAUUCGCAAGUCCUGUAUCGUUCUGGCGGUCAUUCUGUUCCAAAGGCCGAUGAGUUAGAAAGCAUGAAUGACCUCACAAAGCUCUUGGUACAGGUUUUGAGCUUGUAG